UUGUCAAACUUCACAAAAAUUGGCGAACAAAAUUUAGUAACGAACACAAUAUUACAAAAUUCGAAUUAAAAAUGAAUAUUUUAAUAAAAUGGGUUUUGACUUAGAGCGCAUUUGUUGUAAUCCACCAUCUAGUUCAUCUAGUACAGAAAAUAUUUUUGGCAACGAAAACUACAACAAAUGCAGUCCAUGCGGUUGUUAUUCCUGCUGUAGAAAAUCCUUUUUGAGUGACCAUACCUAUUCGAUACUUAAGCGCGUUUGCCAUAAGAUAAUCAAAAGUUACAAUCGACAGCAAUGCCGUGAAAAGUAUACAAUAUUCGAUGGAGGCAACAGCAUAAAUAGCCGAUGGUCAGAGAGGCAAGAUCAAUGUGAUAAGAGCAAAUUUAAAUUGGAUGAAAAGUCUUGUAAAGAGAGAGAGUUCGGAGAAAAAAAUAAAAAGGGAAAAGAUCGUGGCGAAAAUGAAAAAGAUGAUUCAAAGAUGGGAAAAGGACGUGGAGAUAGUCGAGCCAAAAAAGAUGCCGAUGAUAGCGAUCCUAAAAAAUCGAAAAAACCAGCCAGCGGUGGAAAGGAGGCCAAUGAUGAAAGCGAUUCGUUGAAAAAAUCAAAGAAGCAAGGAAGUGGUCGAAAAGACGACAAAGCUGAAAAAUUGGAUUCUUUGAAAAAAUCAAAGCGCGGUAAAAAAGAUGGGGAUGAAGGCGAUGUUGUAAAAAAAUCAAAGGUUCCGGGCACAGGUGAAAGAGAUGAUAAAAUUAACGAUGAUUCAUUAAAAUCGGAAAAAUCAAGAGGACGCGAAAAGAAAAUUGGUAGUGAUUUAAAAAAUUCAAGGCCAUCGAAUAGCAAUGCCGACAAAGAAAAUGGUAAAAAAGGAAAAGAAAAAGCAAACAAAAAAGAAAAGCAAACACCACUAAACGAAACUGACUUAAACGCAAAACCUGAAAUAGAAAAAAAAGGCAAACAAACAAAUGACGAGAAAGGACAAGGGACAAAAAAUAGGAAAUCUAAAAAUCUUAAUAAAAGUGAAAAUACAAAUAUAGAUGCGAAGGCUUCCGGCCGCGAGAGUUCAAUAAAAAAGAAAAAUAGAAAAUCUCAUAGAGACACCACUGGUGUACAUGAAAGAGAGAAAUUGAGUCGCAAGGGUGAUAUCCGUAGCUCAAGAAGAUCGGGUCAUAAUAUAAGAAAUCGAAAAUCAGGUCGUCCAUUAUCUAGAGGAAAUAGCAGAUCGAGGUUAGGGAAAGGUAUCAAAGGAUCGAAAUUCAUACAGGACAACAGGAGAUCGAACAUAAAUGAAUCAUACUCUCGGAGACCUAGUCGCGUUGAUGAAGUUCGGACCUGUGAUAUCCUUCGUGUUCAUUUGGAGAAACGCGACCUUUCAAGAUGCAUUCCAAAUGGAUGCAAAGUUUGUCGAGUGUGUAUUCAUAAUUGUAUGCCGUGCCCACGAGUUAUCUGUUGAACACACGAUGGCUGCUGCGAUAACAUUCGGCUGUAUUCUACGGACUCACCUGGAAAAAACUCUUUAUAAUGCUUGAUAACUUACUCAACGCCUUAAUUUCCAGAAAGGAUUAUAAAAUAUGUCAACGAGUAAUCGAGUUUCAAGAGCAUUUUGGGCUGAAUAUGGUGUUUUGCAUUAAAUAUUUUAAAAUGUCUUAGCUUUUGAAUAUAAAUAAAUAUUGUUUGGUUGUUGGAAAUGAAGAAAUCAGUAUA